UAGUAAAAUCCAUCAUCAUCAUCACAAUACCAUUAGUCUAAAUGAAUCGCCAAUAACUUUCUUAUGAUCUUUAAUCAGCGAUUUUCGGCAACCAAAUAGAUCUAACUAACAUCUGUGAUGUACCAUAGAAAGUAAAACUUCCAAACAUUGUCUGAUGUAUUUAAUUUUACCUACUUCAAAGACAUAAGUCCACACCCACUUCAGCCAGUGGCAACAUUUAAGAAAAUAAUACCAGAUGGCCGGAAAUGACACCCUUAUAUAGUAAAAUUUAUUAUCAGAAUAAAAAUAAAGCACCAAUAAAUUAUCAUGAUCUUUUAUCAGCGAUUUUCGCCAAUCGUAGAGAUCUAAAUAAUUUAGGUGAUGUAAAUUGGAAAAUAAAACUUAAAAACAUUGUCAUCACUUUACCCACUUCAAAGCCGUAAGUCCACAUCCAUCUCAGACCCACCAUGCUUAGGGUUGAGGUACAAACAUUUGGGGAAGUAGUACAUCUAGUUGACCGGAAAUGAAACUCUUAUAUAGUAAACUUCGUCAUCAUAAAUCACCAUUACAGUCAAAAUGAAGCGCGAACAAACUUUCGGCAAGUAUAGAUCUAAAUAAUCUGUGUGAGAAAUAAAACUUAAAAACACUGUCCUUACGUUACGGAUAUUAUUUGGAAUGUAGACACGAUAGGUUCCAACUUGUGUCUAAACAUGGGCAGGCUUGUUUUGGCGAUCAUUUAGUAUUAGUAUUUAUGAAUUAAGUAAUUUUAAACCCUUAUAUCUUUAUUGUGUAAGUUUUGUUAUUUUAAUAUUUAUAUAGGCUUUAAUCCGGGCAGCCCAUCGAGUGUUGAGGGGCGAUUGCUGCUCAUGCCCCGUCGAUACUAUCAACACAAAUUGUCAUGACAAAAGAAACACAAUUCCUGUAAUUACUACAUACUGUAUUGCCAUACUCUAAAAUCAACUAAACAUACCUUCAAAAAUGCUUAUAUUUUCAAAGGUUUGGGUGGAUCAUGACCGAACCUUCAUCAGAAACAUCGACCCUUCCAAUUCGUAUUGGCCUCUCCUCUCGGGGACAUCGCACGGACUUUACUUUUCCUAACUUCACCGGACUAUCCCUGGUCACUCGGCGAAGUUAUCGUAGCACGGUUUCGGAAGGAUACUUAAAAAUAGCCCUUGAUUUAUCGCACCUGUAAAUGGCCUCUCAGACUUAAAUUUUUAUAUGAUUUUCUUUUUUUCUCUAUUUCUUUUUUUUUUAAUAGGCCUAUUCUGAGAAAUUUAGGGGGAGGGCGAGACUGGGCUGGGCCCCCAUGAAUCCGCCACACAAGUUUAUUUUUUUAAUUUUGUCAUACCUCUAAAAUAAAUAUGGUCUUGGUAACGAUGAACAAAUAUCACAGUAUCUUCUUCAUGUAUGUCUUCUUCGUCUACAUGAGAAAUUCUAAACAUUUAAUACGAUUUGAAAAAGAUAAUAAAAUGAGAGCUUACAGAAAUCAUUCUGAUCAUAUUAUUACAAUGACCUGUCGCUACUUGGUUGACCGAUGCACAACUUUGUGUCAGGCGCGGAGUAAUUAAUAAGAUACAGAUUUUUUUUAUUACUUCAAAAGCUAGUUAAAAAAGGUGCUUAACCAUCUAUUUUCCACCUUUUCCACCAGUUUUUUUAAUAUUAUAUUCAGAAAAUCUGUAUCUCAUUAACCGUUCCCGAGUUCCCGGGGUUUUUUUUCGUUAACACCCUUGUGUCUUUAACCAUUCAGUUUAAAUAAUAAUAAUAAUAUGUCGCUCUUAUAUAGCGCUUCAUCCACAAUGCCUCUAAGCUCUUCAUUGGAUCAAACACAUAUGGAACACAUACUCAGGGAGAAUUCCAUAAUAUUGCAGCUAGUAAUCAGCGCAGUUGUGUUCGAACCUACGGUAGUACCCGCUUGUAUUCUCUUGGGUGGAGAGAGGCAACCGUAGAUAAAGUGCCUUGCCCAAGGAUGCAAGCGAUUUGCACAGCGAGAGUUUCGAACCCGCAACCUCGAGGUUGGGAGUCCAAGCCACAACCGAUGCGCCAAACGCUUCUACAACAUAUCAAACAAUUUUUCCUCCAUAGCCUGAUUUUUAAACGCUACAAUGCUUUCAUCAUCUCAAGUUAUUUAUUUUAAACUUUAUGAGCAUCAUAAGCAAAUACGAAACAAAACGUCUUGUGCCUGGCGCAUGAUACUUACACUCUAAUCCAACUAUUUUUAUCUUUUUUUAACUAAAUAGGUAUUUCCUCAUUGCAUUAAACAGUAUACGUACGUGCUGGAGAGCCUUCGUAUGCUAAAUCAUUUAAUAAUUUCCUCUUUCCAGAAUAAUAUUAUUUUUUUUCAGUUUAAAUGAUUAUUUCAUUCCUUUGGCCUUAUAAAUUAAACCAUAGUUUGAUUCUAUAAAUAAUUAGAUUCUGUUCUAUACUGCCAUCUAUUGUUUAUCUUGAUUUUUAUCAGCACCGCAUCUAGUCCAAACCAUAUCAGGGUAGUAUAUGUUGUAUGCUGUGUAACACUCUAGGGACACAGUACAGCAUGUUAAGUUUGCGUUGUUUAUUGAUGUGGUUCCUGGUGUGUGCCGUGACGGUAACGCAAAGUGAAACUCUAAGGAAGAGAUCCAUUCUAGAUAUAUUACGACUAUGUGGAGGCGAGUAUACAAAUGAGGGCGACGGUAGCGAUUAUUCAUCUUGGGUAAGGUUCUCAUCUUAUUCUGCAUUAUCAUAUGACGUCACGGAAUCAUCAUCAACGUCGUCAUCAUCAGAAGAAUCCAGAUCAUCAGAAAUCGAAAACGAAUCAUCGAAUUUUCCUUCUCGACCGGAUGUAAAUCCACGACCUGGCAUACCAUCUCGACCAGGUGUACCUUCACGGCCAGGUGUUGGUUCGCGCCCAGGUGUAGGCUCGCGUCCAGGCGUGGGCUCAAUGCCAGGCAUUCCUUCUGGUCCUGGUCCACGCCCGCGCCCAGACUAUCAUAGUCCGAAACCGACAGAGUUCCCUGGUCCUGCAACCGAAAAUUGCAUUGAAGAGUGCCCUCUAGUGUCGGACCCUGUGUGCGGAGUAGAUGGAGUGACAUAUUCGUCUGAAUGCGUCCUCCGAGUAGUAGCUUGCAUUACACAAGACGCUAAACUACGAGUAGCUUACAGAGGGAGGUGUAUAUUUUCAAACAAUGAUCCGGCACUUAUCUGCAACUUGGACUGUACCGACUAUAACAACGUCGUUUGUGCUACCAACGGAUUUUCAUUUAUCACUUACCCAAAUAUGUGUGCAUUUCAACGUGAAAAAUGCUUUUAUGAAAAUAACUUGCGAGUGGCCUACAAAGGUGAUUGUCAGAUAGUUCUAAGCUUGAAAAAGAAACAAAGAAAAUGUAAACGGCUUCGAAUACGUGACAAGUACAUCAAAGAAAAUUUGAUUUCAGAGUUUGAGUAUAAUUUUUUGUACAGCAAUGAUUAACUAAACGUCUUUAAAGAGACUUAGGCCUAUUAUCAUAUCAUUAUAUAAUUAACCUCUCUGUACUGUCAAUCGAACUCAACAACCGAAAACUUGUAAAAACAGAGUCAGAAGUGCAUUGCUUGUCCCAUAAACGCACGUGUUUGCGUACUUUUCCCCUAUUUUUUUUUUUUUAUUUUUUUUUUAUUUUUUUAUAGCAACAAUAAUCUAGAGACGAGGCUUAGUGGAAGGUUUCAUCACGCAAUGCUGGCCUUAGAAUUUAUUUUUUUACACUAAAUGUUCAUGAUUAUUAAUACUAUUGUUUCAAGAUUUGUGUUCAUGAAAGUGUACCGUACUUUCAAACAGUUAAUUGUUUGUUUGAUCCUUCAUUUGUUUUUAUUAAAAUCUAAAACACAAUAAUUAGGUCCUACUAGUAAAUCAUUAUUUUUUUUUAUAAUGAUUGGUAUAAUUAAUAUUUUUGGAAUAAAACGUAUUUGACAAGGUCGCAUGCUUUAUGAUAGGAGAACGAGUAAUUAAGUACCUACAAUGGGCUCAACUGGAAAUUACCCCCACCCAAUUAUACACAUAAAAACACAAAUACAAGCAUUUCAGAAUGGAAACAAAUAAGCAUAUUCAGCUUAAUAUAUCAAUACCAUCUUUUCCAACAGUACGUCGACCUGUGCUGUUUAAAAUGAAAAUGUAUACCACGCCUUUUAACAAAGGGUACAAGGUGUUGAUGCCGUUUUCUUUCUUCCUUUGUUAUUGUUUUGUCAAGACUAUCAAACUAUCAAAUCUUAUUUGACAAAAUGACUGUUGUAUGCCUAUAGUGUCAUGAUGUGCCUAUAUAUGGUCAUAAUGUGAUGUCAUAAAUACCAUAUUUAGGCAUGUCACAUGUUUUCGUCAAAUAACAUUUGAUAGUCUGGACAAGUCUUUAGAAUACAAUCGAAAUGAACAGCAAGGAUUUGAACCCCAACCUAAAGGUUUAUAGGUCAACUACUGCCCCAACGCUCCCAACAUUUAUACUGUGUCUAUUUCUCUGUAAAUAAAAAAAAAGUAUUUAUUU